CCAUAUUUGUUCCACUAAAUACACCAGUGAGCUAUUACGAAGUUUUACAAUCAACAUUAAAAUUUCAAUGUGUGGCUAUUGGUUACAGACUAAUGAAAUAUGUACAUGAUCAAACAAAACUCUAUGGUAUCGUUAUAAAUCCAAAUAAACAGGAGCAAAUAAUAUUUGGACACAAUGAUAAAAUUAUUGUUUUAGCUGAUCAGACAGUUAUAUCCUCGCGUUUUCAGCAACAGAUUUCGAAUAGACCACCUGAUGAGACCGUUGAGCAUCGGUCGAAAAGGCGUCGUGGGGCUGAAUUUUUUUAUAUUUCUUUUGUCACUGUUCUUAAAUCUAUAACAAACAAUAGCAGUCCACAAAUUCAAAAAAGUUAUAAAAAUGAUUUAUAG